AUGGGGGAUAAGAAGACGAACUUGUACGACGUCAACUGGCAAAAGGUCUGGCCAGACCGCAUGCCCGUAAUUUUGCGCGAUUUGGCUCCGACAAAUCCGUUUAAUCCGCGCAACUUGUGGCCAGAGGAGCAGGAGGAGGAAACGCAGGCCCUUCAGAAUAAGGGUGGUGCAGUAAAGGAAAAGAAGAAUGCAAUAAGUGGGAAGCUGAAAAAAGCGGAUCUGAUUCGCAUGCAACUAGCUAAAGAUAAAGCUCAAAAGCAGAGCAAAGUGGACGAGGAGAAGCUUGCAAACGUCAAGAAGUCUAAUAAUCUAUUGGACAUGAAAAUGGCGACCCCGACUGGUCGCCUCAAGCAGCUUUAUGAGAUCUUGCGAGAUUGUUGCAAGAAAAAGGAGUAUACAGACGCACUUCUUGUGAAGCUCAAUGCUGUACACAAAAAGUACCGUAAGUACGUCAAGAUACUCAACGAUUAUCUAGCCGAAAAGGACCUGAUUGAAUGGCAGCUUACUGAGAUGUCGGACCGUUUGCCACCUCUUAAUAUGCACCAUAUGAAUAAGUUUAUUCUCGACGAUUGGCAGCGCACCGUGCUGACUCAUAUUGACCAAAAUCACUCGGUUAUUGUUUGUGCCCCCACAAGCUCUGGAAAGACAGUGCUGUCAUCGUACGUGUCUGUGGUAGGUGGAAAAGUGCUUUUUGUCGUUCCGACCGAUCCUCUCGCUUGGCAAGUGGCUGCCCUAUUCCAAGCUAUGGUCAAGGGGUCGGUUGCUCUCAUUACGGAAGGCACAGUAUUUUUGCCGCCUGGAUUUCGGAUCGCUGUUGGUACUCCACGUGCUGUCGAGUCGACACUCGUUAAAAUUGGUUACGACUUUCAAUACGCAGUCUACGAUGAAGUUCACGAUUUAAAUGGACCUGAGGGAGACGCGUUGGAACGUAUAGUCAAAGCCGUGACGUGCCCGUUUCUGGCGCUUUCUGCUACAAUUGGAAAUGCUACAAAAUUGAAGAUAUGGUGGGAGUCACACCUUUCGCGUGAAGUAUAUUUGCUUGAGUACAAGGGUCGAUUUAUUAAUCUACAGCGAAUUAUAUGGCAUGAGGAAAAACAUCAGGACGUGGAUAAAUCGAAGAAGCAAGAGAUGGUGUACCUCCAUCCAUGUGCUGGUGUGACUAUCGACUACCUGACGACGGUCGGUUUCGAUGCGGGUGAUCUCGCAUUCACUCCUCGUGAUGCAUUUGCUCUGUGGAAAGCUAUGGAAAAAUUUUACCCCCGCGAAUUGAUCGAGGAUGUCGAUCCGCACAACUUCUUCAAGUUGGAGGACGAGACCAAAGUUAAUGAUACUGUCAUUUUAAACGAAAAGGACAAAAAGGUGAAGAGCGAGAAAAAAAUCAAAAAGGACAAAAAGGUAAAGAAGGAUGAGGACAGCGACGAGGAGUACAUUGUAGACCUUGGGAAACGCACUCAUCGUAUCACGCUUAUGGAGUCGAAGAAGUUCGAGGACAAAAUUAAGCAAAGAUUGGAAAGUCUCGCAUCCAAGGAGCCAAAGGCGACUCAGUUACUCCUUGACUUCUUUGCUCCACCAGCAAGUCUACAAGAUAUCACCGUGGAUCUGCGCGACCCUAGGGAUACAAACCCUACCAGUUUGGUCGAUGUCUAUGCUCUUGUGAAUCAGCUUUGCACCAAAACUCUUGUUCCUGCUAUUGUUUUCCAGCUCGACUCAGUUCGGUGCCGUCAACUUUUUAAUCAGCUUCUUGCAUCAAUUGAAGCAGCAGAGAUCACGAAGUAUCCAAAUUUUCGUGAAAAAGUUCAUCUCGAGUAUGCCAAGUGGGAGAAAAAUCAGGCUAGUAUGAAGAAACGAGAGGUCAAGGUAAAGGCAAAGGGUAAAGAAGAAGACGAUCGUGAGGCACAAGCAUUUGAGGAGAAACCGCCUCCAGAUAUUUAUGCACCGCAUCCUGACUUCGUGUUGACCCCUGCAGGGUCUCGUCUUACGGCUACAGAAUUUAAAGAGAUCAAGUGGCAGCUCUGUCACGAGCUGUCAGAGGAUUCAGACGACGGACACGCCCUCGUGCGGUCAUUGCGCCGUGGUAUUGCCAUAUACAAUCAAAACUUGCCGGCUGCAUAUCUGCGUAUCGUUCAAACGCUUGCCCAGGCAGGUCGUCUGGCGGUUGUGUUCUCGGAUGACUCUCUCGCAUAUGGUGUUAAUAUGCCAUUUCGAACAUGCUGCUUCUGUGAAGACACAGCAGAAGAUGUGUUGACGUCUCUUAUGGUGCAGCAGAUGGCAGGUCGUGCUGGUCGACGUGGUCUUGACCGACAAGGCAACAUUUUAUUUGCGGGUUUGUCGUGGUCUCGUAUUCAAUUUCUAAUGCGCGGCCUGCUUCCGGAUGUCACGGGCCGCAAUUCACUUUACCCAACCAUUGCGUUGCAAAAAUUGCUUUCAAAUCAUGUGACUGACAACAUUGUGCAGCGCAUUGUAGCGCAUCCACUUCAUGAAUUCAUGCUUACGGAUGCGACAACGCCUUCACCCCAGAUACAAGAAUCGUACUUGACCAGAUCCGUUAAAUGGAUGGCGCACUUUGGUUUGACAAAGCCUGGGUACAAACUUGCAGUCGAUGUGUCCGUUGCCGAGCUGGUGUGGGAGUGCCGUGAUGAUCCAUCGGAGGCAUUAGGCAUUUUUUGGAUUUUAGAGGCGAUACUAAAAGAGUUUCAUCACAAACCUGGUGACAAAAUCGCGCUCCAGCUUGCUCUAUUUAACAUGCUGUUACGAGUCGUUGGCCGCGAGAAGUUUCACCCCGAGUACGCUCACGGAUCAGAACUUGCUCCUCUUCCUGGACAAGAAGAGGUCUGGGAGAUAGUCUCGUCGUUGCUUAAAUCGUAUGAAGCCAAGCUCAAUGAAUUGGGCGAGAACGCGCCAAAAGACCUGCGACUGCGAGUGGCGUUAUCCGAUCCACUCGAUGGCUACGUGUUUCGUACUGUUGUGGAAAAUUUGAUUCCUCAGGGUCUUGGUACGUCGCAGCUAAACCAGAUCAAAAAGCGUUUGCGGCACGUAGGGGACCGACUUCGUUUGAUGCACAACUUGCUCAUGUACAGUGGACGCUUUGGUGAACUAGAGGAAAUUGUGCGCAAAUGUUUUCGCCGAAUCAAAUGGAUCCUCAUUGACUCUGAAGUUUAA